AUGCUCACCAGGGCGGGUGUCAGGCACUCGCGUGCAGUUACGCAGCCUCCAAUUCUCAGAUCAACACUCUCUCAACGGCAGUUUUCCUCCCUCAAUUCAACAAGAAAUCCUCAAUUUCGAUCAAGGUUAAUUGGACAGAAUGAUACUGCAUUGAGUGCUGUACGGCCUGCCCGGAGUUCAGGGCCUCUCAAAUUCUCUCCCCGAUUUGCAUCCACCACAGCAACUACUUCCGCCAGCACACCCGUAGUAGAAAAUGCUACAUCUGCCACGGACACACUUUCUGGCGGCAGCUUGACGGAUAUAGACCUCUCGCGCAUUCCCGAGAAGAUCGGAUACCUGAAGGAGCUUGGCUUGGAUUACGGAUGGGGUCCCUCUGCUAUGGUCGAGUUCCUCCUUGAGACGCUACAUAUCACGGCUGGUUUGCCGUGGUGGGGUGCGACUGUUGCUGCUGCAGUGUUGAUUCGAGCUGCGCUUUUCAAAUCCAUCCUAUCCGCCUCUGAGAUUUCCGGCAAGCUUCACAAAAUAAAACCGCUUGCCACGCCGAUCCGAGAACGCAUGCUGAAAUGCGCACGCGAGAGUGAUAAUGUGGGUGCAUUGAAGGCGAAGCAAGAACUUGCUCUCCUCAAUGAAAAGUACGGAGUGAAGCCAUGGAAAUCAUUUGUCCCUCUUAUCCAGGUACCAUUGGGUUUUGGAUGCUUCAGGGUUCUCCGAGGGAUGUCUGCCCUGCCUGUUCCAGGCUUGGAUAGUGAAUCUGUCCUUUGGCUACCUACCGUUACCAUGUCUGAUCCGUAUUUCGUCCUACCUGUCGCAACCAGUGCCAUGAUGUAUCUGGCACUCAAGCGCGGUGGUGAUGCCGGUACCUCCAACUUGAACAACACUCCUCUCGGAAGGAUGAUGCUGUACGGCCUCCCCGGUAUUACGAUGGCAACCAUGAGCUUCUGGCCCGGUAUUCUGCAGCUGUACUUCCUCACCACCGGUUUCCUUUCCAUGUGUCAAGCCUACCUGGUGACUUCCCCUGGAUUCCGCAAACUUGUCGGCCUCGGACCUCUUCCUACAAACACCCUUUUCUCCUCCGGGCCAUCUCCAUCACAACCUCCACCAAGCCGAAUCCGCACUAUUUCCACAACCGCUACCUCAGAGCCAACGCCAGAGGCACACAUACAACCACAAAACGUCAGCAUGAUUGACCGAGCCAUGGAUGGCUUCAAGUCUGCUUACCGCGACACCGUCAAGGACGCGAAAGAUAAGAUGGAGAGCAUGACCGGCCAGAAACCCGAAACCGACUCGACUGGUCUUAAGCCACGACUUAACAAGAAGGAGCUCGAAAGUGCCAAAGCAUACGAAGACCGCCGAAAGGCAGAAAUUAGAGCUGAGCGGGAGCUGAAAAAUCAGCAGCUUAGAGCUAAAUAUAUGAAGAAAGCUGAGCAAAAGGAAUAA